CAUAGCAGUGUAAAACUGUUUUGCUGCUUUGUUGUAAAUAUUAAGAAGAAAACGCAGAUGAAAUUGCAUUUAUAAAAUGUGCUAAAUGUUUUAAAUGCUUUAACACAUAAAGUUUAUAUCAUUUUCGUAGUAAAUACAAACAGUUAUACAUAUGUAUAUACGCACAUAUGUGUAUUGUAUAUUAGUUAUACAAAUGUUAGAAAAAAAUGGAAAUUAAGUCUAUAAUAUAAAAGUGCGGAAGAUUACAAGUGCGUUAGUCAAGUGUUUCACACACGAUUUGCUAUGUGAAACAAUGAAAAGGAAUUAAAUAAAAGUAAAAAGUGAACUUCAAAUUCCUAACAUCCAUACGUUGUACAAAAUCGAUAUCUCGCUAAAUCUCGGAAGUGCGUUUUGGACUCGUUGAAGCCCAGCGAAGCGGGGAGUGGCAUAGUACUGCAUUUAUUCAGCUCGUGUGUGUGUUGUUUGUGCGUUUCAUUGCGGUUCCAGUUAUUAUUAUGUUUAUAAAUUUCAAAUGAAAUAUGAAAUAUAGGAUAUGCAGCAUAAUGCGGAAAUCUAGUUGAUCGUGUGAAUGCCUUGAGCCAAUUUAACGGAAGCGAAAAAAAUAUAUAAAUAUAACUAAGAUGGUAUUUAAGGCCUGAAACUUAAAUACGGUGUGCUGAUUCUGUGUAUUCAAAUUCCAAAAGUAAAGAAUUAAAAUCAACCGCUGAUAACUUAAAGUUUAAGCGAAAUGCAUUCCGUGGGCAUCCAUUCGGCUAUGGCAAUAAAACGCCAACGUAAACGACGCGAUGAACAAAAACGUGCGAGAGAACGACGAUACAGUACGCAGAGUUCCGAAAGUGGAGAAACAUUUCAUUCGCCAAGUGGUUCCUUUCGACGUAAAUUUCAUCAUGGACAUAGCGUUGCUAAGCCUGGGCCAGGCAUGUUGGACAGCCAGGUUGUCACCAGCAUCGGUAUGCUGCACAUUGGUAUCGUAUUUAUAGUAUUUGGUGUAUUCUUAUGCGGUGCUGGUAUUAUACCAGAUGAAACUAUGUCCUGGAAUGUGUUCAGUAGCAGCUCGGCAUGGUGGAAUGAAGUUACUUGCACUGGGCUUUUCUCACUUGGAUUAGGACUAUUUUUACUUGUACUGAAUUGCUUGAUUAGCCGCAAGGAAGAAGAAGAUCUCGAAGAUUAUGUGCAACGACAACUAACUAGAUCACGAUCUGGUCAUCGUCUAGAACGUGAUGUCGAAACUGGUGUGUUGACUACACGCCACGCACGGAAAGCUGUAGCUUUACAAAAGAACAUGCGAAAUGGAACUGCCACGGACGUAGCACUUGUGAACAGCGCAUCGGCGGAAGAAGUAGCAAAUGGUCCGUUAUCAGGGCGUAACUGUUUAGCCAACACCGGUGAUAUAGUGCUCGAGAAAAUCGUGGAGGAAGAUAAUACGUAUAUUAAUGAUCGUAGCGCUGGCAUAUCUCCGAUAGAUAUUGAGAAUGAUACCAAGCAAUUGCUGAGAAGAGAAUCAUUAAAUGAAACAAUCAAUAUAACACGAAUAUAAAACGUAAUGAUGCAUCUACACUUUAAUACUUGUAAACAAAAAUAUGAAUAUUUACUAUUUAUUAUAAAGACUUUUAUU